AUGCAGGCGGCGAUUCCUGGAAAGAUUAUAACACAUCCAAAUGGCCAAACCACUCAUCUCAUCAUUGACAACUUCACGGACCCGUGGCUGCCAUGCGAAACCAUUCUAAUCCAGCACGGAUUUGCUCGGCAUGCCGCCUUCUGGUACCAUUGGGUGCCUGUUCUUGCAAGAAAAUAUCGGGUUAUCAGACGUGACGCUCGUGGCCAUGGACACUCUAGUACACCAGAUGAACGGACCUACGAUUACUCUAUUGACACGAUCUGUGAGGAGAUAGUGGACACACUGGACCAACUUGGGAUUCGUCAGGUUCACUUCCUCGGAGAAUCAACCAGCGGCAUGGUCGGUGAAUUCUUCGCAUGCAAGCAUGCUGAACGAGUCAAAUCUCUGAUCAUUUGCUCCUCUCCGACGUUUCUGCCCCCGCAGGCUCUAUCGUUAUUUGCAUUUGGCCACAAAGACUGGCCGACGGCUUGCCGUGAGCUCGGCUCGAGGGGCUGGGCAGAGGCAUUGUCCAAAGUGCCAGGUACGGUUUCAAUCCAAGAUAAAAACUAUGUGGACUGGUGGAUAGAUCAGGUUGGAGUAUCAUCGGCUGAGGGGCUGGCCGGUUACGCCAAAUUUUUAUCUUCUCUGGACUCGAGGGGAGUCCUUUCACAGAUCAAGGUCCCGAUGCUCAUUCUUGCUCCAGCAAAUAGCGCGGCAACCAAGUUAGAAGAACAACGAGGAAUCAAGCAAUCCGUUGAACAAGCUCAACUCGAAGUCAUAAGUGGAAAGGGUCACGAGAUCUACGUGGAAAUGCCUGAAGCAUGCCAGAAGGCAGUGCUCGCAUUCCUUUCUCAGAUAAAAUAA